CUCCGGCCAGCUCGGGCCUCCUUCGCUCCCCCCGCCCUCCUCCCUUGCCCGUCUAGCCCUCCAGCGGCUAAACUCAAUGGUUUUCGGCACCGCUCUAGCCGCCCGGAUCUUUUCCAUCGUUGGUUUCCGGCUCCCGGUGGUUCGUCGCCCGCGGUUCCCAGGGACGCGCUUUGCACGUGGAGCGGCGUGUGGAGCCCACCUGGCCCAUAUGUUUGAGGAACCAGAAUGGGCCGAGGAGGUCCCCGAAGCCGCGCGUCUCGGGCCAGUGGCCACGCGGCCUCAGCCCGCGGCGGCCUCGCCUGCCAAGGGCUCCAGGCGCCGACAACUCCUGGCCACAUUACGGGCCCUGAAGGCUGCAUCUCUUCCCCAGCGGGCCCCCAGUGUGUCUUGCAGUGACUCUGAGGAAGAAGAGGAGGUGGGAAAGAAGAAGAAACGCCAAAAAGGCGCCCGGUGUGCCAGUUCUUCGACGUCAUUUGAGAAGAGGAAAAAGAAGCAUAAAAAACAGGGCCCACCUGACAGGGACACUGAAGAAGAGGAAGUGGAAAGAAAGAAGUGUCGCAAAAGUGCUCUUGGCGGUGAUUGUACUGAAAAGAAGAAAAAGAGGAAACAUCAGGAAGAGCCCCUGUCAAACCCAGUCCAGCAGCUGGAUAAUGUUAACCAAACAGGACCCAAAGCUUGCAAGAGUAGUGCUACAAGUGACUCAUUCACAUCCAAACCGAAUCCUGAGAUCUCUUCCCCUAAUCCGCCCCACACUUUGAGUCGCAAGCAGUGGCGGAACCGUCAGAAGAACAAGCGUAGACAGAAAAACAAGUUUCGGCCCCCUCAGCCGACUGACCAGACUUCGGCCACAGCCCCCACAGUGCAGACAGAGGUGCCUCCUGUCCCCAAUCCAGACAGCCAGGAUGCUCGGGCGGAUGCUCUGCGAGCUCGUAUGACCCAGAGGCUGGAUGGUGCCCGAUUUCGCUACCUCAACGAACAGUUAUACUCAAAGCCUAGUAGUGCUGCCCAAAGCCUUUUUCAGGAAGACCCUGAGGCCUUUCUUCUCUACCAUCGAGGCUAUCAGAAUCAAGUCAAGAAGUGGCCACUGCAUCCUGUGGACCGCAUUGCCAAAGAUCUUCGCCAGCGGCCCGCAUCCCUUGUGGUCGCUGAUUUUGGCUGUGGAGACUGCCGCCUGGCUUCUAGUGUCCGGAAUCCUGUUCAUUGUUUUGACUUGGCCUCUCUGGAUCCCAGGGUUACUGUGUGUGACAUGGCUGAGGUUCCUCUGGAGGAUGAGUCUGUAGAUGUGGCUGUGUUUUGUCUUUCGUUGAUGGGAACCAACAUCAGGGACUUUCUAGAAGAGGCAAAUCGAGUGCUGAAGCCAGGGGGUCUCCUGAAAGUGGCUGAAGUCAGCAGCCGCUUUGAAGAUGUCCGGGCCUUUCUGGGAGCUGUGACCAAACUGGGUUUUAAGAUCAUCUUCAAGGAUCUGACCAACAGUUACUUCUUCUUGUUUGAUUUUCAAAAGACUGGACCUCCUCGGGUAGGGCCCAAAGCUCAACUAUCAGGCCUGAAGCUUCAGCCAUGUCUCUAUAAGCGUAGGUGACCUCUGGAACCCCCAUGGAAGGGGAGGCACGUAUUGAACUCUAGUCUCAGAACACUGACGACUAUCCAGGCAGGCUGGAACAGGACCUACUACAACCCUUCCUCCCAGGAAGAUCAUG